AGAUGCACAGACUCGGCCUGCCAGAAUCAGGGAAACACACAUGGGGAAUACACAGACGCCCUCAGCUCUUGCAAAGAUCCACUGCUGUGCCGGGCUUGGUUUACUACUACAGCUUUAGAUCUAAAGCGUUCUCAAAUUAAAGCUCUUGCUGAAGGAGAACACAGCUCUGUCAACUCCUGUCAUCACUGAGACCACAUUGACAUCUUGUAAACCCUUUUUUCUGAACUGGAUUAUCAUGUUUCCUCUGGGACUGUGGUCUCAAGAUGACGGAGUGGUCACCGUGAACCGUCACUGAGGACUAGGAAGCGACUUCAUCACGACACACGGCGCUUUGUCUUCUUUUGAGACCUUUGUCCAGCCAAUCGGAACCAGCUUCAAAAGCUCUCCUCCACAACCGCCUGACACAAUAUCCCAUUAGGAAUCCCUGCAAAGAAACGAGGACCAAGAGGUCAAAAGUCAGGGGUCAGGGGGUCGCUGGGCUGAGGGAUAGUGCACAGAUCUCUAACUCGCAUUUCAGUAUGUGGUUCAUUGAUCCCCACUGCAUUGUAUUAUAAUGCGCAAAUGGAUGCUGACAUGGAACCUUCAAAAUCUCUUCUCUGGACUCUACCUGCACGCAAUCUUCCUGUUUGGCAGUGUGUGUGUGGUCUACAGUGACUGCACUCCAGAGCAACUUGCCGCUAUCAUGAACUGCUCCAAACAUGAGCGCCACACCAGGAACUAUGACUACAUGGAGGGAGGAGAUGUGCGCAUUCGACAGCUGUUCAGUCGCACGCAGUGGUUCCUGACGAUUGAUGACUCUGGCAACAUCAACGGGACUUCAGACAAAACCAACUGCUACAGUAUACUGGAGAUCAGGACAGUGUCUGAGGGGGGAAUUCUGGCUAUCAAGGGUGUGAAGAGCCAGUAUUACAUCUGUAUGAACAAGUCUGGACAACUGCAAGGCAAGAGGAUCUACAGUGAAAACUGCAACUUCAAGGAGGUUUUCCUAGAAAACUACUUCAAUGCUUAUUCCUCUGCAAAGUGGACUAAAAAGGAAAUGUUCAUCGCCCUGAAUCAGAAAGGGAAGCCACUGCGAGGGAAGAAGACCAGAAGGGAGCACGUAGCGUCUCACUUCAUCCCUAUGAAAUGCAGAGAGGAGGACCGGAGAGUGGACUGAGAACUCCAAAGAUUUUGAAAAAUGUGUAUGAUUACAGUCACACGUUAUAUACAUUAACAGGCACAUGUAAGCUCAUUACAAGCAGCACUCCCCAAUUCUCGACUCAAGUAUUACAUUUCAUUGUAAUGUGACGAAAUGUGUUUUUAUUUUAAUAGCAAUAAGACAACGGGCAUGACAGGGGCAGAUUAAGCUAAUCCUCAUCAUGUCAUAAGAUGUUGAAACACAAAAAUGUGGAAAUAUCACUAUAUAUUUCCUCUUUUAAAACUGUAAGAUGUACUACAUACAGUCAGGACCACAUUCUUUUGAGAGAAUAUGGCCCUGAUGAGCUGAUGAUGAUCUGAACCCUGACAAUAAACCUGUGUGAACAGCAGAAAGGUCCAGAGCAGGCUUGAUGUGCUGAAGCAAGCUGGACUUGUCUUUUCAUGAACAAGUGCUCGGAGUACAUAAAACAGGCACAGUAAGUUACAACCGUAUGUUCAGUGAAACAAAUUAGCGCACACAGGACCAUCUGUUUGUGAAUUUCCUGUUUUCAGUCUGUGCUUCUUACACUGAGGGCCAGACUAGGGUUGAAUGCACUGUAGCUGCUCACUGACUCCCUUUUCAUUAUUAAGGUGUGAUUUUUGACCUGCUAUAAUAUUCUGCUGCUGCUGCUGCUGCUGAAGAGACAUCUGGAUUAAAAUACAUACUGAACAACAUAAUAAAUGUAUAUGCCACGCAACGUCUUUCUGUUAGAGUGAAUAGUCCUGCACGAAAAAAGGUCACAUAUUUAUUUGUAAAGAGAAUUUUGUGAAGACAUUCCUAUUUCUAUGAAGCAUGAAAUAAUAAAAAAAUGAAAAGCCACUUUGGAGGUUUUUUUUUGAUU